CCGUUGAGCUUCGCGAGGUCGUUUGUCCUGUACGGCUACCCGUCCGGAUACGAAUCUAGCCCGGGAACUAAGUCAGAGGAGUAAUCCACCUGGGAGCUUACCGAUUCCAGGCGUCCUCCGGACUGGCAAGAUGUGCUCCCUGGGGUUGUUUCCCCCGCCACCGCCUAGGGGUCAAGUCACCUUAUAUGAGCACAAUAACGAACUGGUGACAGGCAGAAGCUAUGAGAGCCCGCCUCCCGACUUCCGGGGCCAGUGGAUCAAUCUUCCUGUCCUACACUUGACCAAGGAUCCCUUAAAAACCCCUGGGAGGCUGGACCAUGGUACAAGAACUGCCUUCAUCCAUCACAGGGAGCAAGUGUGGAAAAGAUGCAUCAAUGUUUGGCGUGAUGUGGGCCUUUUUGGGGUGCUGAAUGAAAUUGCAAAUUCAGAGGAAGAGGUGUUUGAAUGGGUAAAGACAGCCUCCAGCUGGGCUCUAGCUCUUUGUCGAUGGGCCUCCUCCCUCCAUGGCUCCCUGUUCCCACAUCUGUCUCUCAGGAGUGAAGAUCUGAUUGCUGAGUUUGCUCAAGUAACAAAUUGGUCCAGCUGUUGCUUGCGAGUUUUUUCGUGGCACCCUCACACCAACAAGUUUGCAGUGGCCCUGCUGGAUGACUCCAUCCGUGUGUAUAAUGCCAACAGCACUAUAGUUCCCUCCCUGAAGCACCGACUGCAGCGAAAUGUGGCAGCUCUGGCCUGGAAACCCCUUGGUGCCUCAGUAUUGGCUGUGGCCUGUCAGAGCUGUAUUCUCAUCUGGACCCUGGAUCCUACCUCCUUGUCUACCCGACCCUCCUCUGGCUGUGCCCAGGUAUUAUCUCACCCUGGGCACUCACCAGUCACCAGCUUGGCCUGGGCCCCCAGUGGGGGGCGGUUGCUCUCAGCCUCACCUGUGGAUGCUGCUAUCCUGGUAUGGGAUGUCUCAACAGAAAUUUGCGUCCCCCUUCCCUGGUUCCGAGGAGGUGGGGUUACCAACUUGCUGUGGUCUCCAGAUGGCAGCAAAGUCUUGGCCACCACUCCUUCAGCUGUCUUUCGAGUCUGGGAAGCCCAGAUGUGGACUUGUGAGAGGUGGCCAACUCUAUCAGGGCGCUGUCAGACUGGCUGCUGGAGUCCAGAUGGAAACCGACUGCUGUUCACUGUACUGGGGGAACCACUAAUUUAUUCCUUGUCGUUCCCAGAGCGAUGUGGAGAGAGGAAGGGGCAUGUUGGGGGUGCCAAGUUAGCAACAAUUGUAGCAGAUCUUUCUGAGACAACAAUACAGACACCAAAUGGAGAGGAAAGGCUCGGGGGAGAGGCCCACUCCAUGGUUUGGGACCCCAGUGGGGAGCGGCUGGCUGUGCUCAUGAAAGGAAAUCCACGGGUACAGGAUGGGACUCCAGUCAUCCUCCUUUUUCGCACUCGAAACAGCCCGGUGUUUGAGCUGCUUCCUUGUGGCAUUAUCCAGGGGGAGCCAGGAGCCCAGGCCCAGCUCAUCACUUUCCAUCCUUCCUUCAACAAAGGGGCCUUGCUCACUGUGUGCUGGUCCACAGGCCGAAUUGCCCACAUCCCUCUAUACUUUGUCAAUGCCCAGUUUCCACGUUUUAGCCCAGUGUUUGGCUGGGCCCAGGAGCCCCCAGCUGGAGGUGGAGGCUCUAUUCAUGAAGUGCCACUAUUUACUGAGACAUCCCCAAGCUCUGCCCCUUGGGAGACUCUUCCAGGGGUACCAUCUGCUCAGCCCCACUCUCUUCCCCUCCACUUGUAGUAGUAAAGUUUUGUUACCAGGCUCUGUUUUUUUUUUUUCUAGCAUGUUGUACUGGGGUA